AUGACUGCUCGCGCCCCCUUAGUGGUUCCCGCGCUCACGAAGCACACCGCAACGGUGAUCAUGGCCCACGGCCUCGGCGAUAGCGGUGCUGGCUGGAUGGCCCUUGCCCAUAACUGGCGCCGCCGCGGCAAGUUCGACGAGGUCGCUUUCAUCUUCCCCAAUGCGCCCAACAUCCCGAUCACAGUGAAUAUGGGCCUGGCCAUGCCUGGCUGGUACGACAUUGCCCACCUUGGCCGCGAUGUAAACACCCCUCUCCGCACUCCUUGUCCACAAAAAUGCUCCCCAAACCAAACAAAGGAUCCGCUAACCGUCCGAUUCUUUCCAUUCCAGCUCGACUUCGAAGACAACGUCCGUAGCCAAGAUGAGCCCGGCAUCCUGCACUCGCGCGACUACUUCAACUCAUUGAUCAAGGAGCAGACCGACAAGGGAAUCAAGCCCUCGCGCAUCGUGCUGGGCGGGUUUUCGCAGGGCGGCGCGAUGUCCGUGUUCACGGGUGUCACGGCUAAGGAGAAGCUGGGCGGUGUGUUCGGACUGUCGUGCUACCUGCUGCUGAGCGAUCGCAUCAAGAAUUUCGUGCCCGAGGAGUGGCCGAACAAGAAGACGCCGUUCUUCCUGGGACACGGCGACGAGGACGAGGUGGUCAAGUAUGCGUACGGCGAGCGGUCGGCGAAGAUGCUGAAGGAGAUUGGGCUGGAGGAUGUCUCGUUCAACACCUACCCCGGUCUUGGUCACAGCGCGGAUCCGGACGAGGUCAGUGACCUCGAGAAGUUCCUGGAGAAGACGAUUCCCCCGGAGGGCGAUGGCCGGGCGUCGUCCGGAUUAUGA